UCGGUGCUUGGCGAUCUAACAAGGAUGCAGAAUUUGGCACGCCAUCGAAAUGCUUUCAUCCGCCAGUCGCCUUCAAGUGGCUCGCUCGGUGGUGUAACUCGUGGUAUUCAUGAAGCGAUUGUUCUAUGCGAAGGAGCCGGUUACGACGCUGUUAUCAUCGAAACUGUUGGUAUGCUUUGA